UGAAGUCAAGCAAGGCCACCGAAAAUCUCCCGAGUGAUACUCGCACAUUAUGUUUUUCCAAUGGAUCGUAUCAAUGGAGAUCUGAGCGGCGGGGCAAUCACCGUGAUUUGAGAGAUGAUACAGGACUAGAAAUAUCUCGGCGGCCUCCAAGUCAGUGAUAUGCCAUCGUAGUCACAUCAUCAGUUAUUCGAUUUGAAGCUUGAAGCUUGAAGGCCGGUAACGUUUUCAAAUAUCUGAAGAAGGCGCUAUGAAUAGAUAGAGAAGUGCCCAGUUGAAAUGGGGAAGCAGGAAGAUAUGAUUUUGCUAUAACGAUCGUUACGACGUCACACAUCCCCUACAGAGCAUCCGUCUGGCUAGAAAUCCUGUAGACCCGAUUUUCUGAGCUCUUCAGUGUCGUAUGCAGUGGUUCUUGUACACCUUCCUUAUUGGGCGACCUUCUCCUCAAGCCAAUAUAUUUGCAUAUACUUUGACGGUAUAAAUAAUAAUUUUCGGCGCUAUACCACG